AUGCUGAGUGCUGAAUACCGGGAGUUUAUGACUCCCUCAAAAUAUGAAACUCUCACAGAAAUCAUCAACACCGCCCGGGAGCGGGAAAUCGAGUUAGAGAAGCAAGUUGAGAGGGGUGAGCGAAGGGCACAAGAUGUGAAUCCAAGCCCUACAAAGAAAGCUAGAACUGAUGAAUCGGGGAAGAAAGUGGAGGCUAAAGGCGGGUCGCCAAGUUGCAAAGUAUGUGGAAAGGGGCACAAAGGUGAGUGCCGCUUCAAAGACAAGUCGUGUCUGGUAUGUGGGAAGACGGGACACACUGCAUCGUUAUGUCCCGAGUUGGUUGGAAAGAGAGACACAAAAGAGUCUCCAACAGAAGCUCCCAAAGCGAAGGGUAGGUCCUUCCAACUUACCGCGGCUGAAGCAAAAACAGAACCCGAUGUGGUCUCAGUAUUAGUAUUGGUGAUGUUCUCUUUGCAUUUUCAACUCAAGUAUGCGGAAAAGAGCGGAGUUGUACUCUCUAAUCAUCUUAAAAUCCCGCAAUUGCGUAUGGAGAAAUUCAUAAGGGCUAAUGAGCUUAAAGAAGAGGGGAAUAAAAGGUUUCAGGCUCAGGAUUUUGUCGGUGCGCUUGAACAGUAUGAGAAUGCGCUUAAACUUACUCCUAAAAACCACCCGGACCGAGCGAUUUACCAUAGUAACCGGGCUGCUUGUUUGAUGCAAAUGAAGCCCAAUGAUUACAAGAUGGUGGUGUCUGAGUGCUCGAUGGCGCUUCAGGUUCAGCCUGGGUAUGUGCGUGCGUUAUUGCGUAGGGCGCGGGCUUUUGAGGCGGUGGGGAAGUAUGAAAUGGUUAUGUUGGAUGUGCAGACACUGUUGGCUGCUGACCCGAGUCAUCGAGAUGCUUUGGAGAUCGCUCGGAGGUUACGCGGUCCAAUUAUUGGGGCCCGUCAGGAGGCACAACAGGAUCUUCAGGGUAGUUGA